UACCAUUGUGAACAAUAUUCCCAUCAUAUCACCAUGGAAAUUACCCAAACUCCUGAGAAGCCAACCAUAGAUUAUCAAUCCGCCGUCGACACUUCCCGCCCUUUUCGCUCUGUCAAAGAAGCCGUCGCCAUAUUCGGGGAUAGACUCCUCACCGGAGAAAUGUACUCCCCAAAGCCGCCUUUCAGCUUCCCCAAGCAAGAAACAUCAUGGAAGUUGUCGCCGAGUCCCAGCCAAGAAGCCUGCUCACCAAGUAGUAGUACUAAUGCUCCCAUUAAUAAUGAAGUAAAAGAGGAGUAUGCUGUUGUAGAUACUCUAAAGAAGAUUGAGAAUGAGCUGGAAGAAACGAAGAUCGAAUUGAAGUUACUAAAAGAGAGAGAGUCGGAGACCGAGGUGGCGUUGGCUUCGUUGAACGCGGAGCUUCACAAGAACAUGUCAAAGAUGGCUCAAGCUGAGGCGACUGCAGCUGCAGCUGCAAAAGCGGUGGCGACGUCGAGGUCAGUGAGUUUUAGAGAAGGUGGUUUGAGUUUCAGAGAGGAAGAGAGGAGGGACGUGAUAGUGAGAAUGGAGAAGUCACCAACUUUGGCUCACAUACUAAGUAUUGGUACUGCUGACAAGGAAGGCUUGUUUGAAGGAAGGAAAGAGAGGAAGAUAGUGAUGAAAAAGAAGCCUGUUAUUCCUCUUGUGAAAGACUUGUUUUCGAGGAAAAAAGGGUCAUCUACCAAUCUUAACCAUCCACUCUAUUAAUUCAUCUUCUCAAGUGUACUUAAAUUGAGAACAAGGGUACAUAAGUAGUAACAUACACACACAUAUAUAUAUAUCUCUUUUUUAAUGUGUAUGUUUUGAUUUCAUUCCCUAGCUUCAACAUGCCAAGAGGAGAGAUUGAUCAUAUAUAUAUCUUAUGAAGCUAGAGACUCCUGUAUGUUCUAAGCUAGGUGUUUGAUUUUUUUUUUUUUUUUUUUUGGAAUUUUGUGAUGCAAAUGAUGUUCAUCUAUUUAAACAUCUGAAUUUUCUUUUUGUAAAACUUUGCAAUUAAUUUUUAUUGUUUCUUAGGAAAUUCA